UCUCAAUUUGCUGGGGGCGACUCUGCUGCUGCAGUUACAUUAGGCCUCGCUGGUUUCAGAGGGGUUUUGUUGAAGUGAGUACUGCAGAGUGGAGCCUUGAGUUGCUGGCUUCCUGAAAACAGCUCGUGUCAGUUCAUAAUCCGCCAGAGUGACACGUGAUCUUGCCUUGAGUUUAUGAUAAAAUUGUAAUGUUGGUGAUAUGUAUGUUUGUCUUUUAAGGGCCAAAUAAAUGAGAAAUACAGCUCCUCCAGAUGUGAGCAGUCUUAACAGAAAACAGACAAAUUAACAAGUUCUAUUGCCUGAGCUGAGACUGAUGUGGUGUGAGGGGGAAUGCAUGCAAGCCACAGCGAUGAGUGUCUAGAAGAAUAAAGAGAAGUUACUUAGCAAGAACUAUAAGAAAGCUUACAACAGUUUGGAAUGGAUUGAUUUAUGAUACCUCUGAUAUGUGAGAGCUACAUUUCGUGUUACUGUUGGCCAGCUGCUGCUGGUGGACUUCAGCUGACUUCAUUGCAGCAAGCCCAACAGACAGGUCAUCAUCGCUAAUAGAACAUAAACAAGUGUGAUGCUGAAAUGAGAUGAGGCUCCGAAAUGGAACUGUGGCCACUGUGUUAGUUUUCAUCACUACUUUCCUCAGUUUGUCCUGGUAUACUGCAUGGCAAAAUGGGAAAGAAAAGUUGAUUGCCUAUCAACGGGAAUUUCAUGCUUUGAAGGAACGUCUUCGUAUAGCUGAGCACCGUACUCUACAACGCUCUUCUGAGCUGAAUGCUAUUUUGGAGCAGUUCAGGCGUGCAGUAGCAGAAACAAAUGGGAGUAAGAAUGCAAUGAAUAAUUUUUCAGAUGAGACACUGAAAUUGUUAAAAGAGCUAACAAGUAGAAAAUCUCUUCAAGUGCCAAACAUCUAUUACCAUUUGCCUCAUUUGUUGAAAAAUGAAGGAAGCCUUCAACCUUCUGUGCAGGUUGGCCUUGGAAGGACAGGAGUUUCCAUUGUAAUGGGAAUACCUACAGUGAAGAGAAAAGUCAAGUCUUACCUUACAGAAACUCUCCACUCCCUUAUUGAUAAGCUGUCCCCUGAAGAAAAACUGGAUUGUGUUAUGGUUGUCUUUAUAGGAGAGACUGAUCUUGAUUAUGUUAACAGUGUUGUUGCAAGCCUGGAAAAAGAGUUUUCCACAGAGAUCAAUUCUGGCUUGGUGGAAGUAAUAGCCCCUCCUGCAACGUACUAUCCUGACUUGACAAAUUUGAAAGAGACGUUUGGAGACUCAAAAGAGAGAGUGAGAUGGAGAACAAAACAAAACUUGGAUUAUUGUUUUCUUAUGAUGUAUGCCCAGAAAAAAGGGGUUUAUUACAUUCAGCUUGAAGAUGACAUCGUAGUCAAGCAGAAUUAUUUCAGCACAAUAAAAAAUUUUGCACUUCAGCUUGCUUCUGAAGAUUGGAUGAUUCUAGAAUUUUCUCAGCUGGGUUUCAUUGGUAAAAUGUUCCAGUCUCCAGAUAUCACUCUUAUUGUAGAGUUCAUAUUUAUGUUUUAUAAGGAGAAACCUAUUGAUUGGCUCCUGGACCAUAUCCUCUGGGUGAAAGUGUGUAACCCUGAGAAAGAUGCUAAACAUUGUGAUAGACAGAAAUCUAACUUACGGAUACGCUUCAGGCCUUCUCUUUUCCAGCAUGUUGGUCUCCACUCCUCUCUAGCAGGGAAGAUCCAGAAACUCACAGAUAAAGACUUCCUGAAACCAUUACUGCAUAAAAUCCACGUGAAUCCACCUGCAGAGGUUUCAACAUCCUUAAAAGUCUACCAAGGGCAUACGCUAGAAAAAACCUACGUAGGGGAAGAUUUUUUCUGGGCUGUCACACCAGUUGCUGGGGAUUAUAUUCUAUUUAAAUUUGACAAGCCAGUCAAUGUAGAAAGGUACUUGUUUCACAGUGGCAAUCCAGAGCAUCCAGGAGACAUACUUUUAAACACAACCGUGGAGGUUUUGCCUUUUCAGAAUGAAGAACUAGUAUUAAGCAAAGAAACCAAAGACAAACGCUUAGAGGAUGGUUACUUCAGGAUAGGGAAAUUUGAAAACGGUGUAGCUGAAGGAACAGUUGACCCCAGCCUAAACCCUAUUUCAUCAUUCCGGCUUUCAGUGAUACAAAAUUCAGCAGUUUGGGCAAUUCUGAAUGAGAUUCAUAUUAAAAAGAUUACAAACUGAUCACGGAAAUCUGCGUUAGAGGAAAAAGAAAGAAUCCUUGAAAACUUUUCCUAUAAAAUCUGACAUCCUUAGCAAGUCACGAAUUGAAAAUACUGAGCAUGCACCUUAUUGCAAAUUUCUUUCAUUUUCACUUGAACUCUACCUCUUGUGAAAUCUACUGUAGAUGAGAAGAUUGUAUUUACCCCUUCUUAUCUGAUCCAUCCAGAAGCUGAUGCUCCACACUGAUAACGCUCGUCUGAGGCCCAAGUUGUCCUCCACUUCAAUGUGACUUUGCCAUCUUAUGGUUACAGAACCCUGCUACGCUUAAUCUGUACUAUUUUGAUAGUAUGGUAAUAUAGAGAAGUUGUACAUAUUGUUA